AGCACGUGAGCUAGUCCAACUACGCAGCACCGAUAGCAAUCAGGAAACUACAGAACAGGGGCUUCUGGGGGCAGGAAAUGAGGUCUGUGAGCAAAGCGUGCUGGGGUGCACGUUGGGCCAUGCUUUUCCGGGCUCGGGGGUGUAUCGCUGCUUGUGAGGGUGAGCCAGCUGUUCGCUUCAGCACUGUUGCAUGUUCAAUGAGUGGGAAAUAUGAGUGAAUGGCAGAGGAAAAGUCCUUUAGAAUGGCAGACUUAUGUGAACAAAGAAGUAAAAGUCACAGCUGCUGAGAAACAUGAAUACAAGGGAUGGGUCUUAACAGUUGACCCAGUUUCUGCAAAUGUUGUCCUAGUGAAGUUCAUGGAGAAUGGAAAAGUAUGUGUCUCAGUCAUCCUGGGUCACGCUGUACAGAAAGUUGAAAUAGUGAAUGAAGGGGAUGAUGAAAUGAAGGAGCAGCUUGCUCACCUAUUCAUGCCAGAAGAGAGCAAAGUUUAUGGCCACGAAGAACUAGAGAAGAAGAAGAGCAGCCUGAAGACUUGGCUGGAGACCAAUCACAUCCCUGUAACAGAACAAGGCGAGUCACAAAGAACACUGUGUGUGGCAGGUGUAUUAACUAUCGACCCACCGUAUGGGCCAGAAGACUGCAGCAGCUCCAAUGAAAUUAUUUUGUCUCGAGUCCAGAGCUUGAUACAAGGCCAUCUUGCAACACAGUAAUAAUGGACAAGUUGACAAACGCUUCUCAUCUAAAACUCUUCUAUUUCUUUAUCUAACACUGUCUCAGAUGAAAGAUUGAGUUGAUGAAUCUUGUCUUCCUGUGUCCCUCCCCUCUGUGUCCGCCUUUAAUUGCCUCUCCUACCUGUGGGUGACAAAGAUUGUUGGAGUGGUAAAUACUGAGGAGGACAGGACAGUCAUACGGCACAAUCUAGAUACAGCCACAUUCAAAAUUAUGCAGUUAGGGACAUGGAAUGCAGGCUCCCCCUACAGAAAGCAGAGCCUCCGAAAAAGAUUUAAGGGUCAUAGUGCAAAAGCAACCCAAGCUGAGCUCUGAGGGCAAUUCUGUGGCAAAGAGGGCUAAUGUGAUCCUUCGAUGUAUAAAUAGGG